GAGCUGUGUCUGAGGAUGAUGACACUGUGUUUAACCCCAUGUUGUCAGCACGAGGAGGAGCCGCCUCAGAACCAGCGGCCGGCUGAGAGGAGUCUCUCCAAAUCAGCUCUGAAGAACCAGAAGAAACGGGAGGCCAAGAAAGCCGCCAAACAGGAGGCGAAGGCCGAACCUGAACCCCCAUCUGACCCCGCCCCCGUCAGAAACAGCCAAUCAGAGCCUAGCUGCGGCGACCCCGAAACUGACAAGAAGAUCAAGAACCUAAAGAAG